AUGGCUUCCAAUGGCGGCGCCUUCACUGCGCCGACAUCCUUCCGAUACCAAGAUCUUGCCCAGUCCGCCUACGAGCUCCCCUUCCGCACAUUCCAGAACACCCACGAUUCGCAUCCGUCGCUCCCCAAUCUCUGCCUCCUCGUCUUUUCCGCCGUCCUCGAGGUCGUGUGCGUCAGUCUGCCCGGUUAUAUCGUCGCCCGACUUGGCCACUUCGAUGCCGACAAGCAAAAGUUUCUUGCCAAUCUCAAUGUUAUGUUAUUUACGCCAUGCCUAAUCUUCACGAAGCUCGCAUCCCAGCUUAAUGCCAAGAAGCUCUCCGAUCUCGCCAUUAUCCCUGCUAUCUUCGUCGUCCAGACAUUAGUAUCAUGGCUCGUUGCCAGGGUCGUCGCCAAGCUCUUCCGAUUCAACAAACGAGCUUCCAACUUUAUUACUGCCAUGAGCGUAUUCGGCAAUUCGAACUCGCUGCCUAUUUCUCUCGUUAUCUCGCUAUCGGCUACCUUGAAAGGCUUGCAUUGGGACAGGAUACCCGGGGAUAACGACGACGAGGUUGCCGCUCGCGGCAUCCUCUAUCUUUUGAUAUUCCAGCAGCUCGGUCAGCUGGUUCGAUGGAGCUGGGGUUACCAUGUCCUUUUGGCUCCCAAGGAUAAAUAUGACGAGUAUCAGGAUCAUGUCACCGAGGAGGGAGGCCGUCCAAGCCUGGCGCAUGACACCGAAACCCGACCACUCAUCGAUGGUCUGGACGGCGACACCGAAGACGAGGAUACGUGCAGCAAUGAUUCGCGACACUACGACCCGGCCGGCCGAACCCCGAUCGCCAGUGCCUCAAGAGCUACGCUUGUGGAUCUAGUUGAUAACGAUGACCCCAAGGGAAAGGCGGCUCACAAGGUUCAGCCCUAUCGUGAUGAUCCUUCCAGCACUGACGAAUCCGACGAUCACUUGUCUAUCCGUCAUGUUCGUGUUGUGAACCCCAACAAUGGAAUUGUUGAGGAACCUGCCUCCGGUGUUAAGCAAUGGAUGCAUAAAAAGUCAACCCAAGUGAAAACAGCCACUUCCGGUUUCUUUAACCACAUCUAUUCCCGGUCUCCCAAGCCGGUUCAGACUGUUUUCUCAGCUUUCAAGUCAGCAGCAGUCAGGUUCAACAACUUCAUCUGGGAGUUCAUGAACCCGCCUCUCUGGGCAAUGAUUUGUGCCAUCAUCGUCGCGUCGGUCCCCGCUUUACAAAGGCUCUUCUUCCAAGAGGGUUCCUUUGUGCAAAACAGUGUGACAAGCGCGAUCAGAUCUAACGGAAAUGUUGCUGUACCCUUGAUCUUGGUUGUGUUGGGAGCUAAUCUGGCACGGAACACGACCGCCCACGAUGAAGAAUUCGACCCAGAGGAGGAGAAGAUCGGCAAGAAGUUGCUGAUUGCUUCCCUCAUCAGUCGAAUGCUUCUGCCUACUAUGAUCAUGGCGCCUAUCCUUGCCCUCAUAGCAAAGUACCUGCCAAUCAGUAUUUUGGACGAUCCCAUCUUUGUUAUUGUAUGCUUCUUGCUGUCUGGUGCACCCAGUGCUCUGCAGCUCGCUCAGAUCUGCCAAAUCAACAACGUCUACGAGAAGACCAUGGGCAAGAUCUUGUUCCAGAGCUAUGUUGUUUGGAUUUUGCCGUCUACUCUCAUUUUAGUCAUGCUCGCUCUCGAGACUGUUGAAUGGGCAACAGCUGCCUAA